CACAACACACACACGAACUAUGAUGCUUAGUUUGGUUUUUAUUUUUUUUCGGUAAUUUUACAACUUACAAAACCCAAAUUCACUGCUUGAUAAACAACAAAUCAACUGUGUGGGGUCAGCAAAGUGCGAUUUAAGAUUCAAAUAUGCUGAUACGAUAAAGGAGCAGUUCUCGCGAGAUUUAGCGGCACUUGAGAGAACAGCUAUGUACCCUGCUUGAGGUCCCCAAAAAACCGGUCGUGGUGGUCGUAACAGGUGUAUAACAGGCUGUUAUUCAUUGAUAACGGACACUGGACUUGUUUAAAUAUGUAAGGCUAAAACAAUUCAUUAUUGUUGCCGUCACUUUAGAAGUCUGAAUUAUUCCAGGAGGAGGUAGGAUAGAGGUGUUGACCGGUCGCUAGCAUGCAGUUAGCCAGAUGCUAAAGCUAGCUUGGACAGCGUGAACAACAUUUUUUUUUUUUUUUUUACCGGCAUUUAUUCUCGAGUAGAGUCUCUCUGUACAGUUAGCUCACAAUGAAGUGUCACUACGAAAUCCUGGGUGUGAAACGGGAUGCCGGAGACGACGAUUUGAAGAAGGCGUAUCGUAAAUUGGCAUUAAAGUGGCAUCCAGAUAAAAACUUGGACAAUUCUGAGGAGGCUGCAGAGCAUUUCAAGCUGAUCCAGGCAGCUUAUGAUGUCCUGAGUGAUCCACAGGAGAGAGCGUGGUAUGACAAUCACAGGGAGGCUCUGCUGAAAGGAGGACUGAGUGGAGAUUACGAAGAUGACAGCAUCGACCUGCUGCAGUAUUUCACGGUCACCUGCUACUCCGGCUAUGCAGAUGACGAGAAGGGCUUUUACACAGUCUACAGGAAUCUCUUUGAGUCCAUUGUUAAGGAGGAAAUGGAGCACGCCAAGGUGGAAGAUGAGGAUGAGGACGAGGACUUUCCUCCCUUUGGAGACUCUCAGAGCGACUAUGAUACUGUAGUGCACGUGUUUUACGGCUACUGGCAGAGCUUCUGCACUCGUAAAAACUUUGCCUGGAAGGAGGAGUAUGACACGAGGCAGGCCUCCAACCGCUGGGAGAAAAGGGCCAUGGAGAAGGAGAACAAGAAGACCAGAGAGAAAGCCCGUAAGGAGCGCAACGAGCUCGUGCGGCAACUCGUGGCUUUCGUCCGCAAGCGUGAUCGCCGCGUGCAGGCGCACAGGAAGCUGGUGGAGGAGCAGAACGCUGAGAAAGUCAAGAAGGUGGAGGAGCUGAGGCGGAAGCAGAAGCUCAACCAGGCUAAACUGGCAGAGGAGUACAAGGAGCAGAGCUGGGCGGCCAUGUCUGAGCUGGAGAAGGAGCUGCAGCAGAUAGAGGCUCAGUACGGAGAGGAGUUUGGAGACGCAUCAGAGAGCGAGGAAGAAGAGAACAGUGAAGAGGCAGGAGAUGCAGAUCAGCCUGAUGGAGAUGAACUGACAAUCGACUAUUAUGAUGAUCUGUACUGCCCAGCCUGUGACAAAUCCUUCAAGUCAGAUAAAGCUAUGAAAAACCAUGAAAAAUCCAAAAAGCACAAAGAGAUGGUGGUGUUGCUGCGGCAACAGCUGGAGGAUGAAGAAGAAUCACUCGGUUUGAACCAGGAUGGAAAGGAGGGAGGAGAGGAGGAAAAAGAGCAGGAAGAAGAGGAGGAGGAGGAGGAAGAGGAGGAAGACAAACCGAGGCAGAAGCUGUCAAAAAAGCAGAAGAGGAAAAAGAAACAACAGAAAGUGGUUCAAACUGCUGUGGAGCAGGAGGUGGAGCAGGAGGUGAAGGAGGAGGAGAAACCAACGCCAACCACCUGCGAGGAAGAUGUCCCCGAGAAGUCAGCGGAUCCUGGAGAGCCGGAGAAGCAGGAUGAACCCCCUCCCACAGGAGUCAAGAGCAGCUCUGGGAAGCCAAAGGGAAAGAAGGGAGGAGGGAAAGACAAGCCGAAGAACGUCAAGUCAAACACGGGAGGAGAACAGGCUCCUGAGAAGGAACUAAUCCUCCACUGCGUGACCUGUAACAACGAGUUCCCCACCAGAAACAAGUUGUUUGACCAUCUGAAGACCACCGGCCACGCAUCACCUCUCCCCUCAGGCGCUGCUCACAGCUCUGUGAGCAAAAGCAAAAAAGACAAGAGGAAGAACAGAUAACGCAUCAUUCACCUGGUCUGAAGAACCUGAAGGAGUUGGACUCUGCCGGGACGACACUCUGAGAAGUGUCAGGAGGAGUGAAAACUAGAAGAAGCCUUUCUGAGAAUGGACUUUAACGGACUGGAGUGGCUGACGGAGAGUGGAUAGUUUCUUUUAUUUUUAAUUACACAAUCAUGUGGAGUGAGACAGCUGUGUAUGUAUGAGAGACCUCUUUUUCUGUUCUUCCAGAUUGGAAUGACGGAAACGUUUACUGUACCUUUACCAGAAACCUAUGAAACUCACUGCACUGAUAAACCAGCGAACAACAGUGAGAUGUGCAGAGGACACGUUUACCCCUUUUAUCAAAGAAGUUCUGAUACCAUUUUUCCUUCCUGAAACCAAUCUGAUGCCUGAUUAUUGUGCAUUUGCCGAUACCCACUCCUGAUCUGAUCCCAGUCUGAUCCCAGUGUGUUUAAAAACAACUGUAUUACUUAUUGAACAGCUGUAUUCUACCCUUGUAUGGCUGUUAUGUUAUGGAUGUGCUUGGAAGUUACACAAGUCGCCUGCUGUUUAUGGCACUUAGCUACUUGAGCAGUAACAACAUGGAGGUGGCACGAUCCCAUUUCUGUUUCUAGUGAAUAAACGCUGUGCUGUUGAUGAACUCGCCAGUACUAACUUCAGCAUUCUGGGCGGUAUCAGAAUGACUCUGAUGAUCAGAUCCCUUUCUGGAAUCGCCUCUCUUGGUUUGCCAUGAAGAGCUCAGGCGUGGUAUUACUGCAUCAUGAAAAUAAAAGUGAUACUGCAUGUCGGUAUUUAAACAACAA